AUGCGCGACGACAGCCUCGAAAAGGUCGCGCUGCCCUCCUACGCGCCCGGCGUCCAGACACGCGCCAACACCUCGCGCGGCAAGCUGUCGCGUGGGUUGCGCGUCGUGCUCGCUGGCACCUUAUCGCUCGUCGCACUGCAGUCCCUCGGGCUGUCCACGCAGCUCUGGCGCGAGGAGACUAUCACAGUUCCUCUGCGCGCUCAGGAGUGGCUGCGGACGUGUGAGCUGCUCGACGUGCCGCCGGGCCCGCCGCCUGACUUCCACGACCGGGCGCUCUCCGACCGGUUCGUGGACGGGACGAUGCCGACCUUCAUCAUGAACGCGACUAUUUGGACAGGUGGUGACAACGGCAUGGAGGUCCUCAAGGGAGACCUCAUCCUCGACGGUGGCCUCAUCAGUCGCAUCUGGCCUGGAGGUGCCGACUCCCACGUCCUCGACAGGUACAAUAAUUUGGCGUUCAUUGACGCGCAAGGCAAAUGGGUGUCACCUGGUAUCGUUGAUUUGCACAGUCAUAUGGGCGUCGACUCUUCUCCUAGUCUGAAAGGUGGUUCCGACACGAACUCUCGCAAGGGCCCAGUGCUUCCUUGGCUUCGUGCACUCGACGGACUCAACACUCGCGACGACGCAAUGAUGCUCAGCAUCUCUGGCGGUCUCACCACUGUCCUUGUGCUGCCGGGAUCCGCCAACGCCAUCGGUGGCCAGGGUGCAGUCAUCAAGCUCCGUCAUACUGCGGACCGUGCGCCCACGGGCAUGCUCCUCGAGAGCCCGUACGAAAAGAACACGACCAUUUAUGACCCAAGCAAGUACUUCCGCUAUCGUCAGAUGAAGCACGCUUGCGGCGAGAACCCAGACAGAGUUUACUCCGGCACCCGCAUGGACACUGCGUGGGCUUUCCGUCAAGCUUAUGACCACGCUCGCCAGCUCAAGGAAAAGCAAGACGCUUUUUGUUCCAAGGCGCGAAAGGGUCAAUGGGACGGCCUGGGAGAAUACCCUGAGGAUUUGCAAUGGGAAGCCUUGGUCGAUGUGCUUCGUGGCCGCGUCAAGGUCCAAACCCACUGCUACGAGACUGUCGAUUUAGAUGAUCUCGUGAGGAUCACCAACGAGUUCAAGUUCUCCAUCGCAGCGUUCCACCACGCCCACGAGACGUACCUUGUACCUGACACCCUCAAGUCCGCUUACGGCAAGCCCCCUGGUGUCGCACUUUUCGCGAACCACGCGCGAUACAAGCGCGAAUCUUACCGUGGGUCCGAGUUUGCCCCUCGAGUCCUCGCCGACAACGGGCUGCAGGUGGUGAUGAAGUCGGACCACCCUGUUUUGAAUUCUCGUCAUUUGCUGUACGAAGCUCAGCAGGCACACUAUUACGGUCUUCCUCAUAACCUUGCGCUCGCCGCGGUCACGUCCACCCCCGCUACGAUCAUGGGCCAAAACCAUAGAAUUGGCUAUGUGAAAGAAGGCUACGACGCUGACAUCGUUCUAUGGGAUAGCCACCCGCUUGCCCUCGGCGCGACGCCGCAACAAGUGUGGAUCGAUGGUAUUCCUCAACUGGACGCGCCUUUCGUGGUCUCCAAGCCUGCAUCGCUGCAAGAUGUUCCCCCCACUCCCAACUUUGACAAAGAGAUGAAAGAGACGCUUAAGUACGACGGCCUUCCCCCGCUUGAACCGAAGCCCUCCCUCAAGCGCACAGUCGUCUUCACCAACGUUAGCAGCGUCCACCUCCGCGACGCGCACGGCGUCAAGGCAGUUGCGUCCGCAUCUGCCAACUCCGCUCUCUCGCACAUCGUCGUCGUCCGCGACGGCAAGGUCGCGUGUGUCGACGUCCACUCUCCACGCGCGUGCCGCGCGCACCUCGACGACGACACAGAGCACAUCGACCUCUCCAGCGGCGCCAUCGCCCCCGGACUCACGAGCGCGGGCUCGGCGCUGGGCGUGCAGGAGAUCGACCAGGAGAUGUCGACCCAGGACGGCUACGUGUUCGACCCGCUCACGGGGAGCGUGCCCGCGAUCGCGGGGGGCUCCGGCGUGCUCAUGCGCGCCGCGGACGGGCUGCAGUUCGGCACGCGCGAUGCUCUGCUCGCGUACCGGUCUGGGGUGACCGCGGGGAUCGUCGCGCCGCUCACGCGCGGGUUCGUCUCGGGCCUGAACACGAUGUUCUCCACCGGCGCGCGGCACAAGCUCGAAGAGGGUGCCGUCGUCCAGCCCGUCGGCGCGGUGCACGUCGCGCUGCACCCCGGCAAGUCCGCGAGCGUCAGCACGCAGGUCGCCGCGCUGCGCAACCUCCUGCUGGGCGACACGACGGGCGAGAUGGGCAAGGCGUUCGCCAAGGUCAAGAUGGGAAAGCUCCCCCUCGUCGUUGAAGUGUCAAGCGCGGACAUCAUCGCGUCCGUCAUUGGGCUCAAGGCCGAUGCGGAGGAGGCGCUGGGCAACCCCAUCCGCGUUACGCUCUUCGGCGCGACGGAGGCGCAUCUGCUCGCGAAGGAGCUCGCGGCGGCCAACAUCGGCGUCGUCCUCGCGCCCGUUCGACCGUUCCCCAGCUCGUGGGAAGAGCGCCGCAUUCUCCCUGGUCCUCCGUUGUCGGAGCAGAGCUCGCUUUCGCUGCUUCUUGCGCACGGCGUCAAGGUUGGGAUGGGCACGACGGACAAGGCGGACGCGCGCAACGCGCGCUUCGACGUCGCAUGGGCGUCGUUGGAGUCAGGUGGUAAGAUCUCGGCCCUGGAUGCGUUCUCGCUGGCGACGUCGAACGUAGAGGAGCUUCUGGGUGUGGCGAGCGAUGGGGAGGGCGACCUUGUUGCGACCGCUGGUGGCGACCUCCUGAGCUUCAGCAGCAAAGUCGUGGCAGUCAUUUCACCUCGACGCGGUGUGGUUGACAUUAUGUGA